AUGAAUAAAACACGAAAAACAGCAUUAUUUUCGGUGAUAGCCGGUGUCGGCCAUAUGAACGCCAGUAUAGCGAUUGGACAGAGACUACUGGACAGUGGACACUAUCGGGUUGUAUUUGUCAUAAAUUUUCACGAUCUAUGGAAAGAUAAACUACAGGUGUAUGGUUUCGAGGAGGUAAUCAUCGGAGAGGCGGCUGACAAACCCAAUGAUACUAAAGGUACGGAUCCGACCAAACGUGCGGCCAAACUGUUAGAGUUGGGUUUGUUUGAGGACAAGUCGCCACUGGAUAUGAUGAUUACAUCAGAAACUAAUAUAUUGAAUAGAUUGGAAGCAAUUAAACAGUUAGACCAACAAUUGGAAACAGUUAUCCAAGAUAUCAAACCCGAUAUCAUACUAAUGGAUCAGUUUUUUUGUUUGCCAUCAGCGGAGUUGUCUGGUAUACCAUUGGUAUGGAUAUGGAGUGCCAGUCCAUUGUUUCUUAAUGAUGAUGACCAUAGACUACAACCUGCCAGUUCAGGAUAUUCAUGUAAUAGUGAUAAAAAACAAUGGAUUGAAUUCAGAAAAAUUAGAUACAAUAUAAUCAAUGAUAAAUGGAAAGAAUGGAAUGAUUACAUCAUAUCGAGAGGCUGUCCGCCGCUCAGGGAUAACGAGUUUAUCACACAAUACAAGUGGCCGACAAUAUAUGGUUUUCCGAAAGAGCUGGACUAUACUGAUAUCGUGCCGUUACGUAAAAAUUACAUACAGUUUGAUAAUCUUAUGCGCCGUGAAGUAAAUGUUGACAAAUUUGAAAUACCAGAGCAAUUAAGAGAUAAACCGGGAAAACUCAUAUACUUUUCGUUUGGAUCUAUGGGCGCCGUUAAUGUCGAUAAUAUGAAACGAUUAGUCGCUAUAUUAGCAAAAUCUCGGCACAGAUUUAUUGUAUCGAAAGGAUUUAGAUAUGAAGAGUACGAACUGCCCGAUAAUAUGUGGGGUCAGUCAACGGUACCGCAGAUAUCGGUGUUGCCGUUAGUCGAUUUGGUCAUAACUCACGGCGGAAACAAUACUACUGCCGAAACGUUUAGUUACGGCAAACCUAUGAUUGUGUUACCACUGUUUGCCGAUCAGUUCGAAAACGCACAGAGAGUUGAGGACAAGGGUUUCGGUAUCCGUUUGAAUGCCUAUAAGUGUACGGAUGAGGAACUGUUGACUGCUAUUGAAAAGCUAUUGAAUGACAACGAGUUGAAUGAAAAGUUGCAGAAAAUAUCACAACGAAUACAAUCUGAGGAUAGUUUACAAACAUUACCACAAAUUAUUGAUAACUAUUUGAAAGAUCCGUCAAUUUAUUUAUAA